AUGACCAUCGAAAUCGCCAUCAUCGGCAGCGGCCUUAUCGGCACGCUGCUCGCGCUGGGCCUCCUCAACCGCAACUCUCCGCACCUGCGCAUCCAGGUCUACGAGCAGGCCGCGUGCCAUCGCGAGCUGGGCGCGGGAAUCGGCUUCACGCGGGCAGCGCGGCACUGUAUGAUGCGGCUGGACCCGCGGCUGGACGAGUGUCUGCGCGCGGUGGCGACCGAGAACGGCGAGCCGGGCGACCCGGACUACAACAUGCGGUUCGUGGACGGCUACCACACGUACGUGGACAAUGACAAUCAUCAGCCCGUGGGAAUCGAGGGGAAAGUCUACAAGCUGUAUGCGGGACCGCGGGGAUUCGAAGGGUGCCACCGGGCGCACUUCCUGGAAGAGAUCAUGAAGCUGAUGCCCGAGGGGGUGGUGCGGUUCGGCAAACGCUUGGAGCGGUACGAGUAUCUUGAGUCGGGGAGGAUUCAGUUGGUGUUUGGGGAUGGGAGUGUGAGGGAGGUGGAUGGAGUGAUCGGCUGCGACGGCAUCAAGUCGCGCGUGCGUGACCUCAUGUUCCCCAACGCAGACCACCGGCCACGCUACGCGCACCAGCUCGCCUACCGCGGCCUCAUCCCAAUGGACCAGGCGAUCGCGCAUCUAGGCCGCCACCGCGCCCUCCUCCAGCACAUGCACUGCGGGCCUCACGCCCACGUCCUGCACUUCCCCGUCGACAACCAAAAGCUACUGAAUGUGGUCGCCCCCCAAACAACCCCCCAAACCCACCUCUUAACAACUUUCGCACACUGGACCCCCUUCCUCCGCACCCUCCUAACCCUCCUCCCGGACCACCUAACCCAAUGGCCGAUCUUCGACCUCUACGACCAACCCCCACCCACCUACGCAAUCUCCCAAGUCUGUCUCGUCGGCGACGCAGCGCACGCCGCACCCCCACACCACGGGGCGGGGGCAGGCCUGGGGGUGGAAGACGCCCUCGCCCUGGUCACGGCGCUGGGGUGCGCGGAGGCCGAUAUUCUUUCGGGGAAGCUGACGGUCCCGCAGGCCCUGGAGGUGGCGUUCAAGACAUACUCGGAUGUGCGGUAUAAGCGGUCGCAGUGGGUGAUGCGGAGUAGUCGCGAGGUGUGUCGGGCGUAUGAGUGGGAGUUGUUUUCCGGAGAGGCCGGCGGGGAGACGGCCGAGACGGGGAUGAUGGGCCGCGUGUUUGAGGAGAUUCGGCGGCGGACGAUGACGGUGUGGGGGUUGGAUGUGGAGGGGAUGGUGGGCGAGGUGCAGGGGCAGUAUUGGCGGGGGACGUGGGGGUAUUCUUGUUUUUGA